AUGAGAUUCGACGUGAACAAUCCUAAUAGCAAUAAUAAUAAUAAUAAUAACAAUAACUAUAAUCAUUCAUCGUCAACACAAACUCAAUUCAACUCUAGUACUGAAACAUCAACAUCAUCAAUUAAUACAAUGGAAUAUAAUAAUGGAAAGACAAAGAGUGGGGGUAGUAGUAGUAGUAACCCAUUUGGAUUCUUUAGUGAAAGUGGUGGAGGAGGAGGAGGAACAUCAUAUGAUAGCAAUGUCUCUAUGGAAAUAAGCAACAAUAAUAAUAAUAAUAAUAAUAAUAAUAAUACAACAAAUAAUAGUUCAAUAACUAUUGAAGAUGAUAGAUAUGAAGCUUCUUCAUCAUCUAUUUCAUCAUCUUCUUUGGUUGGUGACAAACAAUACCAAAAGAAAUAUAAAGCAUCGAAUAAUACAUCGACUGCCAUUGCAUCUAUAUCGGAUGACGAUGAUGACGACGAUGACGACGAUGACCAAAACUAUAGUACAGUAGCACCAAAAAAGAAGAAACAUACUAGUCAACAACAACAACAUCAAUCUCUAAUUGAUAGUAGUCAAAUGGGAGAUGACAUUGUUCAAGUUAAAGAUUAUUGGAGGACAAGACUUGAUAUUGGACUAUUCUCUAUUAUAUUCCUAGAGUUUUUGUUAAUAUUUUCGUAUAUCCCCUAUCUGUAUUACUAUGUGGAUUUGGCAGUUCAUUCAUCUACCAUGUCUUCACGUGCUGGAUGUCUUGUCAUUCUAGCACUGUAUCAUUUCAUCUUUAUCAUUGCUCAUGUAUCACUUUUCAAAACUACUUUUACUGACCCUGGAACACCUCCUUCCAAUUUCCUUUCAAUUGUUCAAUCUAAAAACAACAAUUUAUUUUCACAUAACAAUAAUAAUAAUUCUAUUGAUCCAUCGAAAUUGGUAAAUGAAACCAAGAGUCAAGGAGAAAAAAGAUUUUGUAACAAAUGUAAUAAGCAUAAACCAGAUAGAGCUCAUCAUUGUUCAAAAUGUAAAAGAUGUGUUUUAAAAAUGGAUCAUCAUUGUCCAUUUGUUAAUAAUUGUGUUGGUUAUUUUAAUUAUAAAUUCUUUGUAUUAUUUUUAUUCUGGGCAACUAUUUUAUGUUAUUUUGUUUUGGGUACAACUUUAUCAAACUUUGGAAGAUUAUUAGAUAAGGGAGAUGCAAAUGUAUUUGUUGGAGUAGUAUUUAUUAUUGCUUUAAUAUUUGGAUUGGGAUUAACUGCUUUUACAUGCACACAUCUUUCAUAUAUUUUAAGAAACGAAACGACUCUUGAACACAUGGAAAAGAAAUCAAGAGUUAGACAUUUUUCAUCCAAUAGUAGUGGUGCCUCCUCACCCUAUGACAAGGGUGCCUAUCAUAAUAUUUGCAAGGUAUUUGGCACCAUUCCAGCUCUAUGGCUUAUACCUGUUAGUCCUACCUAUGACCGAACCUCUGGUUUAAUAUUCCCUGUUAAUUUCGAAAUAUCACCUCUCAUUCAUUCAAGUGUUGAUAAUGUAAAUAACAACAAAUAUAAUAGCAUAGCAUCAUCAAACAAUAAUAAUAAUAAUAAUAAUAAUAAUAAUAAUAAUAAUAAUAAUUAG